AUGAAAGUGAAGCACAAGGUCACAGCCACCUUAAAAUCGCGAGUAACAGGGUUCUCGCGAAAGAUGGAAUUUCUAUUAUUACCGAAGGUGACAGCAAAUCUUCCAAUAGCCAAUGUGGACAUGGCUGGAUGGGAAGUUCCAGUCGGCGUAGAAUUGGCAGAUCCAGCCUUUUUUACAUCCAAGACUGUCGACCUGGUGUUAGGAAUACAACACUUCUUCACUUUCUUCAAUAACGGAAACGAGGUUAGUCUUGGAGAAGGUUUUCCUACGCUCACGGAGUCGGUAUUCGGAUGGGUGGUAUCCGGAUGUGUAAAUGGGUUGCACAGUAACCACCGCAUAUCCUGCAAUAUAGCAGUCAGUCUAGAGGAGUUACUGACUCGAUUCUGGUCAUGUGAGGAAGUGGAUGCACCAAAUAAUUAUUCCCCGGAGGAAACACGUUGCGAAGACCAGUAUAUACAAUCAGUUCGAAGGGACUGUGAUGGGCGAUAUACUGUGUCCCUUCCAAAAGAUAAAGCUGCACUUGAAAGGUUGGGUGAAUCAAGAGAUAUUGCCUUCCGGCGGUUCCAAAGUCUGGAACGUAGACUGCUAAAGGAACCAGAACUGCGUAUUCAAUAUCGAAAGUUUAUGGAAGACUACCUGGAGUUAGGUCACAUGCGCAAGGUGGAAGAGCAGCUGGGAAGCAAUGAAGGGAUUCGUUGUUACUUACCUCAUCAUCCUGUAGUCAAGGAGGAAAGCACCACAACCAAGGUCCGAGUAGUAUUUGAUGCAUCGUGUAAAACGAUAACAGGGACGUCGCUCAACGAUACGCUGCUGGCGGGACCGGUCAUCCAGGAUGAUCUUCGGUCAAUUAUCCUGCGGAGCAGAACAACGCAAAUCAUGGUGGUUUCGGACGUUGAAAAAAUGUUUCGACAAAUUCGAAUUAGCAAGGAGGACACCCCACUACAAAGUAUUUUGUGGCGAACGGAUCCUAGUGAGAUCAUUAGUACAUACGAGCUUACUACGGUGACGUAUGGUACAAAACCGGCCCCAUUCCUUGCUACUAGGACAUUGAAGCAACUAGCGAUGGACGAGCAAAUACGCUACCCGAUGGCGGCCAAAGCGGCUACGGAAGAUGUUUAUAUGGACGACGUUAUAAGUGGCGCGGAUAACCCAGAGGAAGCAUUAGAGAUGCGUAUUCAAUUGGAUGAAAUGACACAGAGAGGUGGAUUCCGUUUGAGAAAAUGGGCGUCAAACUGCCCAUUGGUGCUGCGGGGCAUACCAGAGACAGACUUAGCGAUAGUGAAGGUAGAAGGAGUAGAGCUAGAUCCUGACCCAGCUGUAAGAACUCUAGGGCUAGUAUGGCAUCCAGGAGCAGAUGCCCUGAAAUUCCGUUUCAAGAUUCCCGAGACAAGCAGAACCGAGAUUUUGUCAAAGCGAAGAGUUCUGUCAGUCAUUGCGACAUUAUUCGAUCCGUUAGGUCUGAUAGGACCAGUAAUCACAUCAGCAAAAGUAUUUAUGCAGCUGUUAUGGUGCUUGGAAGACGAGAAAGGAAGAAAAUUAGAUUGGGACCAGCCAUUACCAUCUGUUGUGGAUACCGAGUGGCGUAAUUUCCAAGCACAGCUGCCACAACUGAACAAACUGGUUAUCGAUCGCUGUGUGAUCCAGCCAAAAGCAGCAAAUGUAGAGAUGCAUAUAUUUUGUGAUGCAUCAGUGCAAGCAUACGGUGCUUGUGCUUAUACAAGAAGCGUGAGUUCGUCUGGAAAUGUUAAGGUGGUGUUACUGACGUCAAAAUCCAAGGUGGCACCAUUAAAGUGCCAAUCCAUUCCAAGGUUGGAACUAUGCGGAGCAUUAUUGGCAGCGCAGCUUUCAGAAAGGAUCCUGGAAGCGAUAAGGAUGGAUGUGGAAGUGUUUUUCUGGACAGAUUCAACUUGUGUCUUGCAGUGGAUAAAAGCUGUCCCAUCAACAUGGACAACCUUUGUGGCCAACCGUGUGGCAAAAAUUCAAGGAUUGUCGGAGAAGCGAAUCUGGCGUCACGUUUCCGGAAAUCUGAACCCUGCUGACUUAAUUUCCCGUGGGGUUAAACCGGACCAACUUAAAGGGUGCAGCCUCUGGUGGAAAGGUCCGCCUUGA